CGAAAAGUGUGUCGAGAAGAAGGAAGAGAAAAAAAACUUCGCCACCACAUCACCAAACGAAGACGUUGGAUAAUCUUGUGUGACUGGAUCUACAUUUCCAGAUGAACGUUGCGUUUAUCCACUGAAAAGGUUAUGAGUAAUGGAAGCAGGAUCAGUAGUGCGUGCCGUGUUUGAGUUUCUACCGAGUGUCUCCGAGGAACUGCCACUCUUCACUGGUGACGUUAUUGAGGUGCUCAACGUUGUGGAUGAGUUCUGGUUGCUUGGUAACAAAGAUGGUGUCACAGGCCAAUUUCCCAGUACAUUUGUGGAGGAGGUUACUAUUCCCAGCACCAAGCCUCAAGACCAACUUUAUGUGUGUAUCAAUGACUUCAGCUCCACAGAGCCGGGAAACCUGUCCCUGAAAAGAGGUGAUGUGGUUGUUGGUGAUAAAGGAGGUUCCAUUGACCUUGGAGAAACUUGGCAACAUGGCUGCAAUGCUUUGGGUUCCCGUGGUUUCUUUCCUACAUCAUGCGUGAAGGAGUUGCAGCUGUCAUGCCGCUCCAGGCAGCUAUCAGAACGCUCAGCCCAGGCCCAAGCAUUGGAGCUCCCACCUUACGCACUAGGCCAGGCCCGGGCCAUUAUGAGCCUCCAUGCACAGCUCAGUGAGGAGCUUGACUUUCGUGAGGGAGACCUGAUCAUCAUCACAGACCUGCCUGAGCCAGGCUGGUUCCAGGGGGAGAUUGAAGGGCGCAGAGGGGUCUUCCCAGAAGGUUUUGUGGAGCUCCUCGGCCCCCUUCGAUCGCCACAAGAGCCAGUGAACUGCCAGUAUUUUCCGAGUGACUCUAAAGUAUUGAGCAGCAGGGACCAUUCUGAUGUGGGAGAGGGGACUGAGGAGGAGAGUAUAGAUGAAGGGGAGGUUUUUGUGAAAGAGACAGACAAGCACACAGAGAAUGAAGUGGUAGUCGGACAUGCCGAAGAGGAGGAGGAGGGCCAUAUGUAUGGAGUAGCACUUUAUGAGUUUCGAGCAAUCGAACCUGGUGAGUUAAACUUUGAUGUGGGAGACCACAUACGUAUUUUGAGCACUUUGGAAGAUGGUUGGUUGGAGGGGCAGCUUAAAGGACAGCGUGGAAUUUUUCCUCAUCGCUUUGUCAAAUUAGACAGUGACCAAAAAAUUACAGAAGUAUUAAAUGUGGAACCCGAGAAAGAGAGUCAUGAGAACAAGGAUCCUACAGAAUACGGCUCAGGUCAUUUGUGUCCAAAUGGGUCAGCAAAAGAUUUGGAAUGGAGACUGUAUGAGGAUCACACUGUGUGGGACCUGGACUACUUUGAGAGGACUGAGGAGCAAACGGAAAAGAUGAAUAAAAGCACUGGACCCCAGCCACACAACAGAGGACAAAGAGAAGGGAGUGGCAGACCUGAAUCUCACGCACAUAGACCUGUCAACUCACUACGUAGAGCCCCUAACAGACCAAAAUCCAUUCCUCCAGCAAGGCCCAGGCUCCCACCUCGGCUAGGCGUGCCUGCACAAAGCCACAACACCAAUGCUGGCUCAUCGUCACACAUUGUUAAAGGUAAUUAUACGAAUGGGAACCCACGAACUCUGCAGCCCAAACUAACUCAUAGUCUGACCCUUCCUAGCACUCAACUUGGUUGGUCUAAAGCGAGUAGAUACUACCAGAGGACACCAUCGGAUGCUGCCACUACCAAUAACAGAAGUGCCACUCUUGGAAAGGCAUCAGCUAACUCUGUGGAAGUCCAUAAGCAAAAGAAGCUAACUCGCCAUGCAAGUAUUAGUGAUUCUGAUCUGAUAACAGGACGUGCUGAGUCACAGGCACAUUCCCAGCAGACACCGCGUCGCUCCAGUAGCGCAAUGGCAACAUCAAUUACCUUGGAUGCUCUGGCCACCUCAGGCAAAGACCUGGAGGCCAAGCUUUGUCAGCAACUUUUUGAAUUUGAGAAAAGCUUAACCAAUUCCUAUGGUGACACUAACAUUGGUUCUUUUGCUACUCAGAAUGUAUCUGCUGAAGAUGACCUAAGCCACUAUUCUGACAUUUCGCGGCACUUUUCCAUUCUUGACUAUCACAAUGAAAAUGACAUAAUUCGAGGCUCCCCACAUUCUCCUAUGUCCCAUCUCUUGCAAUCUAACUCUGCCUCUUCAUCAUUAGAGAGGCGUAGGACCCUGCGCCCUCCACCUCCACGUCCUAGAGUCAUUCAUCAUCCAGCUCCACCGGCAUUAAAACCAGCCCGUCCUCCACCCCGUCCACCUCCCCGUUGCCCAGUACGAUAUUCUGCUCCUCCACCUAAAAACUCUCUUACUAACAGCCCUGUCUUUUACACCCCUGAUGAACCAACUAUAAACCUUCCUGACCAAACAACAGAAGAACAGGCUGAGUUUGUUGACCUUGGAGGAUCUCAGGACCAUAAAAUCCACGACAAACUGGAAGUAGAAAAAGAACUCGAUGAGGAGAUAGAGUUUGAAAGCGAGAAAGAAAGGGAACGGGAUGAGACUUACCAGCUGUUUCUUCGGCUGCAAGAGGUGGAAAAUGACAUGGAAGCAUACUCGCACACAGUAGAAGAACUCAGAACCAUGUUAGAGGAGGAAGAGGAUGAAACAGCCCGCAUGCAGGCUAUAGAGAAUUUGGAGUUCUGCAAUUACAACUUGGAGAUGCUUGCUCUGGAGCAACAUCAGCUACAAGAAAUGACUCUCCUAGCAUCCCAACCCAAAUCCUCUGAUUCCACCUCAGUCUCAGACACAACCCCUGGCACGGAGACAGAGGAUCCUGAGCUGAGGAUGCUAGAGAAGAGGUCAAAGGUCAUCGAGGAGCUGCUGCAGACGGAGAAAGACUACAUCAAAGAUCUGCAGAUGUGCGUCAAGGAGAUCAUCCAGCCGCUGCAGCACAAACAGGUGCAGAAUGUGGAUUUUGAUGGACUCUUCGGCAACAUCAACUCUGUGAUUGAUCUGUCACAGCGCCUGUUCAAAAGUCUCCAGGACACAGACUCUAUUGGAAAAGUGUUUUUAGGCUUCAAAGGCGAGCUGGAGGAGGUCUACAAGAUCUACUGCCAGAACCAUGACGAUGCCAUUUCUCUACUGGAGAGCUACGAGAAAGACGAAAACAUCCAGUCCCAUGUGCUGGAAUGUCUGGAGAGACUGAGGGCUAUGUACCGAGAGUGGGGAAAAACCAAUUACAUCAACCUUGGCUCCUUCUUGAUCAAGCCGGUGCAGCGGGUGAUGCGUUAUCCACUACUGCUGAUGGAACUUCUAGGGGCCACGCCGGAAAACCAUCAUGACCGGCUGCACCUGACUGAAGCUCUGCAGGCCAUCAAGGAGAUCAACGUGAACAUCAACGAAUACAAGCGAAGGAAGGACCUUGUGAUGAAGUACAGGAAGGGCGACGAGGACACCUUCAUCGACAAGAUUUCUAAGCUGAGCAUGCACUCCAUCAUCAAAAAAUCUAACCGAGUCAGCAGCCACCUCAAGCACCUCACAGGAAUUUCACCUCAGAUUAAAGAUGAGGUGUUUGAUGAAGCUGAAAAGAAGUUUAGGCUGCAGGAGAGACUUAUAAAGUCAUUUAUCAGGGACAUUUCCCUGUAUCUUCAACAUAUCAGGGAAUCUGCAUCAGUGAAGGUUCUGGCAGCCAUCAGUUUUGGUGACAUCUACACAGACCGCAGCAUCUUGGAUGCUGAGCAUUUCCAGAGAGCUCAUCGCUGCAUCAGCGACAAACAGUUCACAGAGUUUAAGGAGCGCACAGAGGCGUUAGUCAUCAACCCGCUCACCCAGCUCCUCCUUAUGUUUGCUGGGCCCCACAAACUCAUUCAGAAGCGCUUCGACAAGCUGCUGGACUACGACAAUUGCAAGGAGCGGGCCGAUCGCCUGAAGGACCGCCGUGUGCAGGACGAGCUGCAGGUGGCGCGCAACAACUAUGAGGCGCUCAACGCCCAACUUGUGGAUGAGCUUCCCAAGUUCCACUAUGCUGCAGAGGAGUUGUUCACAGGUUGCGUGAGGGCAUUUGCUCAAGUCCAGAAGGACUUCAUGAAGCGGACGCUGGGCGAGCUAAAGCCCCUCCUGCAAGCUUUUUCUGGGAGAAUCAACACUGAGGGCAAUCUGAUUGCACAGUUUCAAGAAGAAUAUGGUCGAGUUCUCCAACUUCUACAAAGUUUCAGCUUCUGUCCAGAAAACCUGCCACCUCCCACCCCUGCACGAAAAGCCUUCGAUAAGAAACCUCUGGAGAAACAGACAUCGAAAAAACAACUGCAAGGACCUGUGAGUCAACCCAACUGUGUCUUGCAGACAGAAGAGCACCGUACAGGACUUCUGGCACGUUACAGCCCAGACAAACUUUUUCAGGCUGAGAGAAACUUUAAUGCAGCACAGGAUUUGGAUGUUUCUAUACUUGAGGGCGAUAUUGUCGGUGUUAUCAAGCAACAGGACCCCAUGGGGAGCAACAAUCGCUGGUUAAUUGACAAUGGUGUCACCAAGGGCUUUGUGUACAGCUCCUUUCUCAAACCCUACAACCCCCGCAGGAGCCAGUCGGACAUGUCCAUUGAGAGUCAGUCCUCUAAUGAAUCAGGCUACGGUGGCUCCUCUCCCAUUUUUUCCCGCCAAAACAGCAACAGCACAUUGACCUUUAACCAGGAAACAGCUACAGUCAGCUUUUCCACAGCGCAACCCCAAACUCUUUCAUCGCCUCAUCCUUCGCUGGACUCUGCCUCUUCUCGUAGGAGUCACCACAAAGAUGCCCCCAUGAACUCCUCGCCCAGGAAUACCUCAAACCGUAGGGAGUUUACAGAGCAAACGCAUCACAUUUCUCCCGCUGCCAGAAACACUGAGCACUCCUACCAGCAGUCACGCACGCAAAGAGAUCAGCACAAUACCAGUCGAGUAACUCCGAGCUGGCACAAAGAGACGCCAGACCUCUCCGAAACAGACUCUUCACACAGACACAGUUCCUCCCAGCGUUCUGAUAAACACUCAGAUAAAACGCACUCUUCAUACCAGGGGCAACAUGGAGAUGGUAGUGGCCAGAAGAAGUCUGCUUACUCCCGAGAUGAUGAUAUCGAGCAAGAACCGGAAGAGGAGAGCGAAAAAGAUGGCCAUCAGAUAUACUAUGCCCUCUACUCCUUCAGUGCACGUUGCACUAAUGAAUUGAGCAUCUCCGCCAACCAGCAGCUCCGAAUACUGGAGUUCCAGGAUAUGAACGGCAACAGUGAAUGGUGGCUGGGCGAGGUGGGCGGCCGGCGAGGCUACGUGCCUUCCAACUACAUCCGCAAAUCUGAAUAUACUUGAAAGUGUUCCAUCAGGUGGAAGAACACGUGAGACUCCACUUCCUCCUCAGCGGGGUGAACGCUGCGAGCACAGACAGAACAAAUGGACAAAAGCUGGACGCCACGACCUAAAUGUGAUCCAUCGUCAUGGACACUGAUGAGGAUGAACUAAUGCUGCUGACUCCGCCUCUAAGCUUUGGCAUCGUGUAUAUUUAUAGACGUUUUGUAUUAUUUUUACCCUGUGGGAAGCUGCUCACUGUGGUUUCCAGUGAGAAAUGUGUGAAUUGCAUUAUUUCACAAUAAUCAUGUCUGAUGAAAGUAAGUAGUAAGCGUCUUAAAGCUCAGACCGGAUUGAGACGGACAAACAGUGUGGUAUUGGUGUUUCCUGCAGUCGGUGUAUUACACCACUAGAAUAAACUGCUUUAAUAUUAGCUGCAGUUACACAACACUGUUCAGAGGGUGGAGCACUUAGAGAGAGAUGAGAUUGAAGUGCCUUUGAAGUUAUCAGCGACCUUUGAGUUUGGAAUGUUGUAUGAAAAUGCCUGAAUUCAAACUGAGAACAAAUCAAAGUGAGAUACAAAACUUUACAGUUUGCAGUUUAAAAACUUGCCCAUUGACAGCAACUUGUACCUUUUAUCCUUCCUUUUUUUGUUUUUUUGUUUUUUUUAAUAGGCUGUACACAAACAGUUGCCCUUUCACCUCGAAGAGGAGGUAAAAAAGCAGAGGCAGCUUGUGAUUGGAUCAUUCUGCACACUCCCCGUGUAUAUGGUGUAUAAAGUGCUUUAUAUUGAGAAUAUGUUGUUGCAUCCACUGUAAAGUGAUCACUGUUUGAAUAAAAAAAUACAGCUCAGCUGACAAAUCACA